UAGACGCGUGUACAGCUGCUACAGCGUUAAUCGGUCGUUGACUGUUUCAACUCGCGCCCCGCGAGCUUGUCUAAUUAUUUACCACCAUCUCCACUGUGUCCAUGACAAUUAUCGAUCUGUCAAGGAAAUCCCCGUGGAUCCGAGCGGGUAGGUAGGACGAUGAAUCAACGGCGGGCAGUUGAAACGCGGCGGAUCACCGAUGGGCGGCUAACGCUAAGAGACGGCGGGGCUGGUCGGACGAACGAGGAGGAGUCUCAUCCACGUGGAUCAAUACCGAAGAGCGUGCAGGCGCCUCCACCUUUUGCGAGAAGCAGUACUCUCGCGCCGCGGACACGCGCCGCACGCUCUCCACCGUUGAUCCUUCGUGCAAAGGCCCCGAGGGUUGACACGGGAACGCCGUCGUUGUUCGCCGGCGUUCUCCUACGUCCUCACCUUGCGGGAGGAUGCGAGGCACCUGCCAACCGGGAAAGAAGGAUCGUUAGAUCUCGUGCGCGACGUGCCUUACCCGCUCCCGCUCGCCCGAUGCACUUUUCUUUCAUCUUCGUUCCGUGACACAUCCGGGUUUACACGAGAGUUAUGCGGGCUGUUUGAUAGAACGUGAUCGACUCGGAGGAAAGGAAGUUAUAAUCAGGGUGCAUUCAAGACUGCAAGUAAAUCAGGAGACCGUGGAUGCAGCCGGGAGCCGGCAGUGGCGGGGCCCAUCCGGGCGGGACAGGUGACGAUGAGGCCCCGAAAGACCCGGGCGCGAGGACUACUCAUCAGUCUUACACGGAAAAAGAUUAUGAAGGUCACAGGGCGCACACGGUAUAUGUGGGCGUGCAUUUGCCAGGGGAAAGGAGACACCGCCGGCAUCAUAAGCACCAUCAUUCACAACGGCAAUCGUUCCCCUGUGGUAAGGAGGACGUCGACAACGACAGACCGAGACAAUUGUUGAUGGCGCGCAGGGGUCGUCUCGCUAGCAUCUGCGACCCCGCCGGCGAGAUGAUAUUCACCCCGCCAGCCCAGAGAGUACAAUUUAUCCUUGGCGAGGAGGUCGGUGACGAUGCGCACGAAUCGCAUCCGCUCUUCUCGGAGAUGGAGGAGCUCGUCAAGGAUGGCGACGAAAUGGAAUGGAAGGAAACAGCGAGAUGGAUCAAGUUCGAGGAAGACGUCGAGGAAGGUGGCAAUAGGUGGAGCAAACCUCACGUUGCAACUUUAUCACUGCACUCACUCUUCGAGUUAAGGAGCCUCCUUUUAAACGGGACCGUCAUGCUCGACAUGGAGGCAGGCAGCUUAGAACAGAUAGCCGAUCUUGUUCUCGAUAAUAUGAUCAAUAAAGAAGUACUGUCGGUCGAAUUGCGAGAGAAGGUGAGAGAAGCCCUUCUCGUGCGACAUCGGCACCAACACGAAAGACGCAAAGACAAUAACAUGUCGAAGUUACCGAUCAUAAGAUCGUUAGCUGAGAUAGGACGCAACCAUUCCUCCUCGAAGAACCACCCCGACGACGGUGGCGAGACGAAAGAGUCGGGUCCAAGGGUCCUAGGGUGUGCUAACUUUGUUAAAACACGUACGACACAAUCGACAUUUUCAGAUUGCGACUGUUCAUGUGGUAUGCAUGCCUUGUUGACGUCAGAUUUGCAGGAGCGUCGUGAUCCGAAGGACACUUAUGUGCCGUCCGUCGCCCGCAGUAGCAGCUGCCCGAAUUCGAACACGGCCCCGCUGUCGAAAGAGGCGAAAGACCUCAAAGGGCCGUACCUUCUGGUUCCAGGCCAAGAACCAGGCAGCAACGGCAUGGACCGGAGCCCCAGCAGCGUGUCUAUCUGCAGAAAUCACAGCUCCUCCGCUUUGGAGAAUGGAGACGCUAAUCACAAGGGUAAUACGCACUUUAUGAGGAAGAUACCAGCCGGCGCCGAGGCAAGCAACAUACUCGUAGGUGAGGUCGAUUUUCUCGACAAGACUUUGUCCGCAUUCAUCCGGUUAAGCCAGGCCGGGAUAAUGGGGGACCUGACAGAAGUUCCUGUUCCAACAAGAUUCAUCUUCGUCCUCCUGGGACCCAUGGGUGGAAUUGCGGGAUUCCACGAGAUCGGUCGAGCCAUGGCGACCUUGAUGUCCGACGAAGUCUUCCACGACGUGGCUUACAAAGCGAAAAAUAGAAAUCAUCUCUUAGCAGGUAUCGACGAGUUCCUAGACGCCGUGACGGUAUUACCACCCGGUGAAUGGGAUCCCGCAAUCAGAAUAGAACCGCCAGCCGCUAUACCGUCGCAGGAAGUCAGAAAAAGACCCAAGGAGGAAAAGCCUAAGGAAGAGUUCGACGACGAAGCUGACGAACAAAAGCUAAGGGAGGAAUCCGGCCUGUCCAGAACCGGUAAACUGUUUGGUGGUCUGAUCAACGACUUUAAGAGGAAAGCUCCGUUUUACCUUUCCGACUUCAAGGAUGCCCUCGCGCUUCAAUGCGUCGCGUCUUUCAUUUUCCUGUAUUUCGCCUGCUUGUCACCCAUUAUCACCUUCGGUGGCCUGCUCAGCGAGGCCACCGGUAAGAACAUGGCCGCUAUGGAAUCUCUGGUUUCCGGUUUCGUCUGUGGCAUAGGAUAUGGCUUCUUCUCUGGUCAGCCACUGACUAUACUUGGUUCCACUGGUCCGGUGCUGGUUUUCGAGACGAUCGUCUACGAAUUCUGCAAGAAGGUUGAUUGGAAUUACAUGUCCUUUCGUUUUUGGAUCGGUUCGUGGAUCUCCAUGAUUCUGAUGAUUCUCGUGGCCCUGGACGCAAGUGCUUGCGUUUGUUACAUCACUCGAUUUACGGAGGAAAAUUUUGCCACCCUCAUCGCCUUCAUUUUCAUUUAUAAGGCUAUCGAAAAUGUACUGUCGAUCGGCAAGAAAUAUCCCUUAAACAGCUCUUCUAGCGAAACACUGGACUACAAUUGCUGGUGCAAACCACCGAAUACCAGUCUGCCAUCCAGUUAUGACAACAUGAAUUGGACGACGUUGGAUAAAACAGCUUGUGAGAAUUACAAUGGCACUAUGGUGGGCGACGGCUGCAGCAUACCGCAUAAUGUACCCGACGUGUUCCUUAUGUCAAUUAUCCUAUUCAUGGGCACGUUCUUACUGUCGGUAGAGCUCAAGGAUUUCAAGAACGCUUUAUUCUUUCCCUCAAAGGUGAGGCAAGUGGUGAGCGAUUUCGCAGUAAUAAUCGCGAUAUUCUCUAUGAGCACAUUGGAUCAUUUCGUGGGCAUUUCAACGCCGAAAUUGGAAGUGCCGGCGGAGUUCAAGCCGACGUUGGAGGGACGAGGAUGGAUAAUCUGGCCUUUUCAGAGGAAUCCGUGGUGGAGUGCUAUCGGGGCAUUUCUGCCCGCUUUAUUGGGCACUAUAUUGAUCUUCAUGGAUCAGCAAAUCACGGCCGUUAUUGUUAAUAGAAAAGAGAACAAGUUAAAGAAAGGAUGCGGGUAUCACCUGGAUCUCUUUGUUCUGGCGAUCCUGAUCGAGAUAUGCUCGGUGAUGGGACUUCCAUGGUUCGUCGCAGCGACGGUCCUCUCCAUAAAUCACGUCAACUCGUUGAAGUUGGAGUCCGAGUGCGCCGCGCCGGGCGAGAAGCCGCGGUUCUUAGGAGUCCGCGAGCAGAGAGUCACUCACAUACUGAUUUUCUUAAUGAUCGGGUGCUCGGUGCUGCUAACACCGAUGCUGAGGAACAUACCGAUGCCGGUGCUGUUCGGUGUCUUCCUGUACAUGGGCGUCGCGUCGCUGAAAGGUCUUCAGUUCUUCGAUAGGAUUCUCAUAAUGCUGAUGCCGGUUAAAUAUCAGCCGGAUUACAUGUUUCUUCGCCAGGUGCCGUUGAAACGCGUACACCUGUUCACUGUGAUUCAGCUUACCUGCCUUACCUGCCUGUGGCUCAUAAAAUCCUUUAGCCAUACUUCCAUUCUGUUUCCUUUAAUGCUCGUGGUAAUGAUCGGCAUACGCAAAUCCCUGGAUUUUAUGUUUACGCAACGCGAGUUGAAAAUCCUCGACGACGUAAUGCCGGAACCAAGCAGGAAACACGCUGACGAUCUUCGUAAGCUGGAAAACGGCGAGGAACAUAACGAAACGAUGGGAUACGGGCCCCCGGGAAAUAUUCAGAUUUCUUUGGCCAAUGGGAACAUCAUGAAGAUCCCUUUGGCGAGUAUCAAUAUCAGCGAGGAGGUGAACAAAACUGGUAUCUGGCAGCAAGUCAACGAGGGCAAUGAAAAAACGAAGCAGUCAAAAUCGCUAAUCAAUGUGGGAAAGCAAAAGAAGCAUCCGAAGAAGGACAACUCGUUAAUGGCCGACGAGACGACGAGGCUGACGACAAUGACCGAAGAGGACGAGGAUGAUAGUGGAAUCUCGAUCAAGGUAGAUUUAAUACGAUCCAAGGAAAGCAUCAGUCCUUUAAAAGCAAAUGGUACUACCUCAGCAGAAACUUCCGUUUAACAAGAAGAUAGCAGAAAUGAACAUAUAUUAACGCGAUACACAGGUUUCUUUAAUCGAUAAUUUCCAGACUUUCAUCCUGAAGUUUUUGUUCUGCGAUCUCUAUUUUUAUCUUACAAAUUGCCAUUUACGUGACAUAAAAGUCAUAGAUAAUACUGCUUAAUUUGUUGAAAAUUCAUGUCCUACAAAAAAUACAAUGUUCAUUUCUAUCAUUUAACAAUUACUCAUAAUUGUAUUAUAUUUGUACUAUAUUCAGUAAACAAUAGGCAUCGCUCUUUGCGAGUGCUCUACAAUUUAUACUCAACUGUAAAUGAGAACCGCCAUGCAUAGUCUCAAUGUAUUUGUACAUAGAAACAAUUCAACAAGAUUUGCCAAUAGUAUCCAAUUGUGAUUUUAUAAAACCUCAUCUAUUCUGCCCGAUAAAAUAACGAUACAUAUUGUUACAAAACAGUUAAUUUUAGUAGUUAUUUAUGCAAUAAUCAAUACUUCGUUAAUAUUGCAUACGAAUUGCAAGGAAUAGCGAGAAACACAAAACACGAAAGAAAAAGAAUUAUUGGAAACAAAUGUUUCGAAAUAAUAAAGAUGUAUAGUAGAUACAUGUUUUAAGUGAGUGUAGACGGCAAGUAAAAUACUAAGUGAAAUCUAAAAAGAUCUACACUUCUUUAGACAGUUUAAAUCGACGACGUCUAUUGACUUGUGUCAUCCUGUUGACUUAUGUCAAUAGGACAAGUUUACAAUAGAGCCAAUAAGGACACGUUUGUGUUAGAAAUUUGUGAGAAACGCACACUUUUCCGAAUCGUGAUGUGACAUCGAACGAAUAUGGUGGCAUUUAUAAAAGAGGAGUGCGAACUGCAAAGUAAAAUUUGAGUUUUCACGAAAAUUGCUCUUUCUGGCGAAUUAUUCAAGUUGCAAUACAUUCAAAUAUUCGAAUAAUUAAUACCGGUAAUUUACACUCCAUGGUUAUGUACGAAAUAAAUAGUAUAAUAAAUAGUACUAGAAUAGUACCGUAGUAUCGCGCAGAUGUCCAGAAACCGUGAGCCAAAUAUCCGAGUGUGUGUACAGUGGUAAUUAUUGGAAUAUUUGAACACUGACAGCUGCAAUUUAAAAUUCAUCGUAUUUACCAAAUUCUGAUUUAUAUUAUACGAAUCAUAGGAAAAUAAGCAAGAUUAUACUCGAUGCAAGAAUUGCGUUAUCAUGCAAUAAUAUAUGACUCUGCAUGUAACAAUUAAGUAGUUCAAGUAACUUUAUAAUCACACAUACCAUGUAUAUGCCAAAGAAACCCCGCAAUAUGUAAUACGUAUAUCAAUCCUUCGAGGGAUAUUUCAUACGUUAUUGCAAGCAACUGUUACUAAAUGGCGGUGCAUAUUAACAAGAAUGCGAAUCUGACUAAUAUCAUUAUUAAGAAAACUACGCUGGGAUGUUUUUAUUCAUUUCUCCAAUGAAUACGAUAACUUAGAGGGGCAAAAACUGUGGGAGCUAUUUCGUGAGUUAAAAAUAGAAAAAGAAAUAUUACAUGUAUAGAUAAACUGUAUAGAUCAUUUGCUCUUUAGCCCCAAGUCGUAAAGUAAUAUUGACUUUUGGUUUUAGAAGCUACUAUUAUCUUGCAACUUUUACGAAAGCGGCCUUUUAAUAUAGAACUGUGGAACAAUCCUCUUCAAGAUAAUCUUCGAAAAAUUCUUUAAAAUUGCCUCUCACUCGCUAAAGGAUAAUUGAAAUGAAACAAAGUUUUCUUACUGAUAACUCUAGUUUAGAUAAAGGUUUAUUCUCAAAGACACCUAAAAUAAAUAAUGUAUUUUUGUUACGACUUAUUAAAUUUCCAGUCUAACCAAAA